GACGGCAGCGAGAGAAAAUACUCUCUCCUUAUUCGUCUUUUUUUUUUUAUUCUAAAAAGUCGAGAAAGAAGAAAAAGAACAACUUGAAGUACACAUCUCGGCGAUUGAAUUGACUGGUUGAACCCCUCAGUUGAAUUCUUCAACAAGAUCAAAUUAACCAUGGCGACAACAGCGACAACAAAACAGCGCCUGGCCCUCGCCAUCUGCGACUUCCUAUCCACCUCCCUCACGGACGGCACCCUCUCGGCCGAGGACAAGGACAGCAUCGACGUAGCCGUCAACUGUAUCGCCGAGUCCUUCAAGGUCGACCCCACCGACCCCGCCGCCGUCUCCGCCGCCACCGGCACCCAGAACCUGCUGCAGAUCUACGGCGUGUACGAGAAGCUCAAGUCGACCACCGCCGCCGCCAACAAAUCCGGAGCCUCGCCCUCCCCCUCGUCUCCCAACAACACCGCGGCCGAAAAGGAAGGCGAGAAAGUCAAGGAGCCCACCGAUGAAGAAAAGGCCCACGCCGAAGACCUCAAGGUCCGCGGCAACCGCGCCAUGGCCUCCAAGGACUACCCCGCCGCCAUCGACCUGUACACGCAGGCCCUGGCCCUGCACCCGCGCAACCCGAUCUACCUGUCGAACCGGGCGGCGGCCUACAGCGCCGCGCGCGACCACGCGAGCGCCCGCGCCGACGCCGAGGCCGCCGUCGCCAUCGACCCCAAGUACACCAAGGCCUGGUCGCGCCUGGGGCUCGCGCGCUUCGCCCUCGGCGACGCCCGCGGCUCCAUGGAGGCCUACCAGCUGGGCAUCGAGCACGAGGGCAACGGCGGGAGCGAGGCGAUGAAGAAGGGGUUCGAGACCGCGAGGAGGCGCGUCGAGGAGCUGGAUGCCGAGACGGGUAGUGUUGACUCCGCGCGCGGAGGUGCUGGUGGUGGUCUUCCUGACCUCGGCAGUCUAGCGAGUCUCUUGGGCGGUGGUGGUGGUGGUGGUGGCGCCGGUGGAAACCGAGACGCAGGAAGCGGGGGUGGAUUCCCCGACCUCAGCAGCAUCAUGAGCAACCCUAUGUUCGCGAGCAUGGCGCAGAACCUCAUGUCGAACCCGGACAUGAUGCAGAACCUGAUGAGCAACCCGCGCCUGCGCGAGAUGGCAGACCGCUUCUCGAGCGGCGGCGGCAUGCCCGACUUGAGCUCUCUGAUGAGCGACCCAAACAUCGCCGAUAUGGCUAGGAAUAUGAUGGGCGGCGGCGCUGACGGAAACCCUGGAGCUGGGCGCGGCGCGGGACGAUGAUCGAUCGAUCGGUAUUAUCCCUUCUCGGUACUAGAGCGCUUGUUCCUACCCCCAUUUAGCAUGGAGAGUAGGCGUAUAGGAGUUGCCGGGCGAGAGAACGCAAAAGAGCGUAGCGUAGCGUUUCCAGAGACCAAAAAAAAAGAUGGUUGGGUAGGAAGGAUAUAAGAUCAUUAUGAGUGACGGUUC